AUGUCUGGAUAUAUGGAGUCGGUGUGGAGGUCAAGACCUUGGCGGCGGUCAGCGCCGUAUGAGAGCUACGAGAGAGCUGGUCAGCGCCCUCUUGGUCUCCAGUUGCUAUCUUGGCUGCGGAUCCUCGAUCUUUUAUGGUCCGCGACAUGCAAGCCUGCCACGCGACAAGGCGGCUCAUGGAUGGUUGGCUUCCAUGCCAAUGAGGCGAUGGUGUAUUGUUUGGCAUAUCCAUCAGGACAGUCAGUAGAAGUUGUGCUGGCCGUGCUACAUAGUACACCGGAGAAGUGGCGGAUCCAAACAUCUGGUUCGGGGCACAGCAGCAAAUCAUGGCUCGCGCCUCCUGCUUUGGCCAUUCCAAAAUGA